CCUGCCACCCGCGGGGCCUGAAGUUGACCCCACCUGGGACCGAAUCGCUACGGUGGGCAGGGGUCCUUAGGUCUGGGUUUGGACCCUCCAGCUGUCCUCUGACCUCCAGGUGGGAGUCCUUGGCGCGUGCCAGCUGCGCUCGUGGCGGGUGCCCCACAGCUGCCUGUCGUCUCCACCCCCAGCUGUGAGGCGAAGAGUCCCCAAGUCUCGGAAAGGCGCCCUACACCUGCUGCCGCCUUGCCCUGUCUCCCCGCAGCUGCGGGGCUGAGCACCCCAGUGACGGGUGGCCGGCGACCGGGGCAGGUGAAGGGCGUUUUCUCCCGCCUCCCUAACACCCUGGCCUCCUAGGGUUUCCUCUGCCGGUCUGUGAUGGGAUAAAGAAAGAUCACGUGGAGUUUAGAUGCAGAUUCCUCCCAGUCCUUCAACCCUCUUGGGAGCCCAGUUGCCCUGAUCAAACCUAAAACCUAAAGGCCAGGAUCCGGCCAUUCCUCAAUGGACCCCAGGGGCAUCUUGAAGGCAUUUCCUAAGCGGAAGAAAAUUCAUACCGAUCCAUCAUCAAAAGCACUUGCAAAGAUUCCCAGGCAAGAAGAUGGAGAAGCAGGAGAGUGGCUGAGCUCCCUGCGUGCCCAUGUUGUGCCCAGUGGCAUUGGGCAGGCCCGGGCACAGCUCUUUGAGAAGCAGAUUAUCCAGCAUGGUGGCCAGAUAUGCGCUGCCCAGGCCCCAGGGGUCACUCACAUUGUGGUGGAUGAAGGCAUGGACUGUGAGCGAGCCCUCCGCCUCCUUCGACUGCCCCAGCUGCCCCAGGGCGCCCAGCUGGUGAAGUCCACCUGGCUCAGCCUGUGCCUGCAGGAGAGAAGGCUGGUGGACACGGCAGGAUUCAGAAUCUAUAUCCCCAACAGGUACCCGGACCAACCACAGCUCAGCAAGACAGACCAAGACUUUUCUGCUCCUGGAGCCAAUGGGGCUCCGCUCAGGACAGCCCUCUCUUCUCCCCCUCCUCCCACCAGGCCUGUAUCUCCUCCCCAGAGGGCAGAAACAGCCCUGAGCACCCAAGCCCAGCCUGGCUCUGAUGAUGAAACCAGUGAUGGGGAAGAGACCCAGGUCAGCGCAGCUGAUCUGGAAGCCCUUAUCAGUGGCCACUACCCCACACCCCUUGAGGGAGAUGGUGAGCCCAGCCCAGCCCCUGAGGGCCUGGAUAAGUGGGUCUGUGCACAGCCUUCGAGCCAGAAGAUGACCAACCACAACCCCCACAUCACAGAGAAGCUGGAAGUACUGGCCAAAGCCUACAGUGUUCAGGGAGACAAGUGGAGGGCCCUGGGCUAUGCCAAGGCCAUCAAUGCCCUCAAGAGCUUCCACAAGCCUGUCACCUCCUACCAGGAGGCCUUCAGUAUCCCUGGGAUUGGAAAGCGGAUGGCCGAAAAAAUCGCAGAGAUCCUGGAGAGCGGGCAUCUGCGGAAGCUGGACCAUAUCAGUGAGAGCGUGCCUGUCUUGGAGCUCUUCUCUAACAUCUGGGGAGCUGGAGCUAAGACUGCCCAGAUGUGGUACCAGCAGGGUUUCCGGACCCUAGAAGACAUCCGCAGCCAGGCCUCCCUGACUACCCAGCAGACCAUUGGCCUGAAGCAUUAUGAUGACUUUCUGGAACGCAUACCCAGGGAGGAAGCUGCAGAGAUUGAGCAGACAGUCCGGGAAUCAGCCCAGGCCUUCAGCCCCGGGCUGCUGUGUGUGGCAUGUGGUUCUUACCGACGCGGGAAGGCAACCUGCGGUGAUGUGGACGUGCUGCUCACUCACCCGGAUGGCCGGUCUCACCAGGGCGUCUUCAAUCGCCUCCUUGACAGCCUUCGGCAGCAAGGGUUCCUGACGGAUGACCUGGUGAGCCAGGAGGAGAACGGCCAGCAGCAGAAGUACCUGGGCGUGUGCCAGCUCCCCGGGCCGGGGCGGCGGCACCGACGGCUGGACAUCAUCGUCGUGCCCUACAGCGAGUUUGCCUGCGCCCUGCUCUACUUCACUGGCUCUGCCCACUUCAACCGCUCCAUGCGGGCUCUGGCCAAAACCAAGGGCAUGAGCUUGUCAGAGCAUGCCCUCAGCACCGCUGUGGUCCGGGACAGCCGAGGCCUCAAGGCGGGGCCUGGCCGAGUGCUACCCACCCCCACGGAGAAGGAUGUCUUCAGGCUCUUAGGCCUACCCUACCGAGAGCCAGCUGAGCGGGACUGGUGACCCGUGGCUGCCCCACCUGGCUGUCUGGUGCUUGGCUCCAGCCUUGGCGGGCUGAACCUCACUACUUCAACAGCCUGGGCCGGAGGGAAAAGGCCAGCCCGGCUCCCAGGCUCUGUCCGGCCCUCUCCUGCUAGCCUUCUGCCUCACUGCUGCCGCUGGUAGAGUUCUGGACACUGCUCCCUGUGCCUCAUUUUAAGCAAGAACAGCUGCUUGUGUAAAGCCAGUUUCCAGUGCUGAAGCCUCCGCCCCCACUCCCCCCCUGCCCAAUUCUCUGCCCAAGGAGGGUCUCGCUGCUGGGGGCAGGAUGGGGGCUGCAGGGGAGAGGCAAGCAGCUGUAGCUGAGCGUCACCUCAGACCCUUUGGAGCAAGAGAAUGAGACAUUCCACAUGUCCUCCCUCCACCCAGCCCGUUUCCUGUGCAGCUGGAAGUGUGGGGCCGGGGCCACCCAGGCUUGGGGAGGGUAGCAUUUGAAGGCCCAGAGGCCCAGUAAAAGUGUACUUGACAUUCAGCCUG